AUGUCUGCAGCGCAGUGGCGUUCACACGAUAUGGGUGACUGGCGUUUGGCUUUUCAGCUCAGAACCCUUGAUGCCCUGCAAGCUCAACUGCAGCGCCUGAAUAUUGAGCUGUUCAUCGUUGAUGCGCCUGAGUUUUCUGAUGUACCGGGCGCGCUGACUGACUUAUGUAAACGUUUGCGGGUCGAUGCACUCGAAACAAUUGAUGAAUAUCCGCUCAAUGAACGCCUUAGAGAUAACGCCGUAGAACAGGCGCUGCUUGAGAUAGGGGUGCAGGUCAACCGUCAUGUAGCGGAUGUUCUGGUUGAACCGGGUGUUCUGAAAACAGGUAGCGGUGGUCCGUAUACGGUUUUCACGCCUUUCUAUAAAAAAUGGAGAGAGCGCGCCGAAAACGCGGCUAAUCAGACGUGUGCUGUUCCUCAGCCACAAGCGCGUUUUGAGUUGCCCGUGGUUGAGCAGGAAAAUCAGGUGCCUGUAGAGGUAGACGGGGUAGAUCGUUCGCUUGGUGAAUCAUUGUGGCCCGCUGGGGAAGAGGUUGCACAACAGCUGUUGGACACCUUCAUCACAACCCGUGCAGAGCGCUAUCCUGACGAUCGUGAUCUGCCGAGUCUGGCAGGCACAAGUGGGCUGUCUGCACACCUGGCUGUUGGGUCAAUAUCAGCGCGGCAGUGUGUGUCUGCCGCGUUGCGGGCAUCCAUGCAUGAUACCCAGGCAGCAGACGGUUUGCAGAAGUGGGUGAGUGAGAUUGCCUGGCGGGAUUUCUAUCGCCAUAUCGUGGCCCAGUUUGAUCACGUUAAUAAAGGCGCGGCGUUCCGCAGAGAGAAAGACCAUCUGCCGUGGCGCCAUGCCCCGGAUGAAUUGCAGGCCUGGCAGCAAGGGGUUACCGGUUAUCCAUUGGUGGACGCGGCGAUGCGCCAGCUCAAUGAAACCGGCUGGAUGCACAAUCGUUUGCGGAUGAUCGCAGCGAUGUUUCUCACCAAGCACCUGCUGAUUGACUGGCGCGCAGGUGAAAGGUAUUUCAUGCACAAACUGGUCGACGGGGACUUUGCUUCGAAUAACGGCGGCUGGCAAUGGAGUGCAUCCACCGGUACAGAUGCGGCACCCUAUUUCCGUAUCUUCAACCCGACCUCCCAGGGUACAAAAUUUGAUCGGGGGGGCGCGUUCACUACCCAAUACGUACCAGAGCUGAGUGGAUUGGAUGCAAAAUACAUGUUCGAGCCACACAAAGCCGGUGUUACUUUUUAUCCUGCGCCGAUAGUGGAUCACCAGUUUGCGCGGGUCGGACCCAUUUCGGUGCAGGUUUUAGAGCCUCUGCAGAAAUUGCGUUUGCAGAUAGACGACACUGCCCGCGGGUUGCGCGCUGAUCUGACCUUUACCGGCCGUAUAGCCGCGCAGGAGGAACCGCGGUUUACGCGUCGUGUCGGUAGUGCGCUAACGAUGGACUCUACCCGCUUGACCCAGAACGGCAGCUGGCAGGGUUGGAUCGAACACAAAGGCCGGCGUACUGAGGUGACACCUGAACUAUGGCUUGGUACGCGGGACAGGUCCUGGGGGGUGCGCAAUAUUGGCGCUGCGGAUUCUCAGCCUAAUCCUAUGGCACCAGAGCACUUUCAGUUUUACUGGCUCUGGGCGCCCAUUAACUGGGAGGAUGGUGUCAGCCUCUAUCACUUGAAUGACGAUGAGUUGGGUCGACCGUGGAAUACCAACGGUGUGUUUGUGCCAACGGGUGAAGGGGCAGUGACGGAACAGAUGGUUCAGGUCAGUUCGCUGAUAGACUUCAAGCCCGGUACCCGUCAUGCGCGCGCUGCAAAAAUCAGGUUUACCCGCCAUCAGGCAGGAGAAAUUGAAAUCAGCAUGACACCCCGGUAUCACUGGUACAUGAAAGGCGUCGGUUAUGGGCAUCCAGAGUUUGGUCACGGGACUUACCAUGGCGAGUUUGACAGCACCUAUGAAGAAUAUGCGCUGUGUGACGUAGAUGAUGCCACUAAUCUGCACAUACAGGCGAUCUGUGACGUACACAUGACCGGUGAUCUGGGUGAAAAGAAAGGACCUCAUGGAUAUGGCGCCGUGAGCGAUAACAGUGGUCCGUUAGCCAUUUAUGCCGCUGACCUGUUUGCGGGUAAAUGUGUGCUGGUCACCGGUGGCGGUCGCGGUAUUGGUCGCGAAAUUGCAUUGGCAUUUGCCCGGUUGGGUGCAGAUUGUGUGAUUGCCAGUCGGAACAUGGAAAACCUGGCGCCGACUGCUGCCGAGAUUGAAAAGCUGGGCAGGCGUUGCCUGGCUUUACCGGUAAACAUCCGCGAUCCACAAGCCGUCACCGAGAUGGUUGAUGAAGCGAUCCAGACCAUGGGUAAAAUCGAUUUCCUCAUCAACAACGCAGGUGGACAAUUUCCUGCCAAUCCACUGGAUAUUUCCGAUAACGGCUGGCGCGCGGUGGUGGACCUGAACCUCAACGGUACCUGGAAUGUCACCAACCGGGUAGGCAAACAUAUGGUAGCCAACAAUUUUGGCGCCAUCGUUAACAUCGUGCAUAUUUAUUCGUACGGCCGCGGCGCUCCAGACUUUCCUCAUUCAGGCGCCGCUCGUGCCGGGGUGGUCAAUUUGGCGAAAAGCCUGGCGUUUCAUUGGGCGCGGCACAAUGUGACCAUUAACAGUGUGGCGCCUGGCACCAUCAACACAGCGGGGGUGCGGGAAGAAGAGUUUGCCGCUUCGGAUAAAACGGAUUACGAAUCCCUGGCUACGGCGCAGAUUCCGGCGAAGCGAUUAGGCGAAGCUGACGAAACUGCAGCGUUGUGUGUGAGAGCUGUGAUGCGUUAUGUCAUUUGCCUGGCGCUGGGUUUGGUUGGGGGCUUUGUUGGCAGCUAUUUGUUUGAGUUGCAAAGAACAUCACCAGAGCUGACCAUUCUGUCUACGCCGGAACAGGAUGCAUUGAAUCUGCCUUUUGCUGAAGGCGUCCAGCUUGGCGAUGUUAUCUAUCUCUCGGGACAGUUGGGUGUCAAACCCGGUACGCUGGACGUGGUGCCUGGUGGUAUCGGCCCACAGACGCGGCAGACGUUGGAAAACAUUAAAGCCUCCCUGCAACGUUAUGGGUCCAGCAUGGACCAGGUGCUUAAAUGUACUGUGUUCAUGGCGGACAUGGCCGACUGGCCAGCCAUGAAUGUGGUUUAUCAGGAGAUGUUUGCCGGGCAUCGUCCGGCCCGUAGUGCCUUGGGUGCUGGCGGUCUCGCUCUGGGUGCUGAGUUAGAAAUCGAGUGUAUUGCGCGCGUGAAUCGUUAA